AUGUCGUCAGAUACACUUGCAUCACUUAAAUCAAAGAGGAAAGGUGAACUUAAAGAACUUGCAGUUAAUUAUGGACUAAGUACUAAAGGUCUUAGGAUCGAUAUAGAAAAUCGGAUAAGAGAAUAUAUAUUAGAGCGACAAAAAGAUAGUGAUGAUACGGACGUAAGUACUGGAUACUCUGGAGAAGGAGACUCAGAAAAAGAGGUGAAACAGGCUGAAAGUAGUUCAGGACCUCCCUCACCAGUCCGGCCUUCAUCGCGUGCUGCUGCAUCUUCACCUCAUAAAAAAACGAAUGGAGAUAGUCGAUCAGAUUAUUCAUCAGAAUCAUUUGAUAAGCAGGAAGUUGUGAAAGAAAUAGCCGUAGGCACUUCUUUUAAUGGUAGUACUCCCCAUGGUCGAACUAUUGAAACUAGUGAUGACCACGAUGUGAAUUUUUCCGUGAGAACAUUCAGUUUUGAGACAGUUAAUGAAGGAGUGAUUGAACUUAGACGUUAUGUGACAAAUACUCGAGCAUUUGUGAUAGCAUCUAUAGCAUUACAAAUCGCCGUUUUCUUAUAUGUUUCAAUUGAAUGGACAAAGUUUGCGACUAUUCCCAUCGGAUUUCUUUCGACUGAAACACGAGAGUAUUCGAUCAAUUUACGAGGUCCAGAUUUGACAAUCCUCGGUGAAUGGCAUCGAUUCUGGCGUCCAUUAUUGGUAUACUGGGGAUACCUCGUAUUACUACCAUUAGUGUUUGCCUACGUAUUCAAUUUCGAGCCCCAUCGUCAUGCCGCCAGUCCGCUCGCUUUUUCCGUAGCUCAGUAUUGUAUUCUGUUCAUAUCGGCUGGUAAUUUGGACUGGGUGGAAGAUGUACGCGAUUUCAUUCCUGAAACUAUCAUCUACAGUGGUGCUGGGGCUUCUGUUGUAUUUGCAUUUUAUGAAGGUUUGUUAGCAAAUACGAGUGUGCAGAUCUGA